AGAAUAAUGGAGACCAGAGUCACCGCCCUGCUCGAGGUUCGCCGUCCUCUAAAUAGGUGCGUAGUCGAUCCCACGACUGAGCCAAUUUGGCGGCAGGUCGUCAGCUCUGUCGAUCGUUAUUGAACACCGCUCGUCCAUUUCACCCUCGCAAUAAAUAAACAACACCUCUACUUACAACCGAGUUUGAAAAGGAGAAAAGAAGAAGAAGAGUUGUUGUUGUUGUGGCGACCAGCAAGUAAAACAAAACAAACGGAGAGAGGAGACAUGGCCAGUUUGUGCAGUCCGUUAAUGAUGCAGUCUCGAACGUCUAGUUUGGUAGCGUUGCUGCAAGCGAGCAUUAUGCAUGUCUCGCAAGACGAAUUUGAUCCAGUGCUCUACCAAGCCAUGGCGUCGUUGCACGAGUAUAUCGGGAGUCAUCAAGAACGGUGUAUGAUGGGCCGACCGGGAUCGGUGGUAUCGACCGCUCAGUACUGGAAGACACGUCCGGCCUUUUACAAACCCAAUAUCCCCAAUCGAGACAAUGUGGUGGCGUCGGGGUGGUUGGAACAAAUGACAACGGUUCAUCAUCCUCAUCACAACAACAAUGACAAUACUACCAAAGGCAAAGAGAGUAAAAGCAAGAGCAAGAGCGCCAUUACGUGGGAGACGGUACUCAUGCUGCUGGUACUGCCAGGCAUGGACGAUGAGUCCACCAUCACUGGCAACAACCACAACAACAAUUCGAGCAGUAAUAUGAGCAAACAACCGUAUCUUCGCAUUGCGCAAGAAGUGCUCUGCGAAAGUGGCCAAUUUGCGCCCAAAUUGCGGACCAAACACAAAAUUCCACUGCAUUCCAAAUUCCUGAGGUGUGAACCCGUCAACUUGUACGGAGAUAUUCGACUCGUUUUACACAUUGGAGCCGAAACUUCGGGGAUUCAGAAUUGCGUCAUUACCUUUCGCUGCAAAGAAGAUACCGCCGCGGCUGCUGCGUGGGUCUCGGAAUUGCAACGAUUCCUCGAUCCCAACAAUAGCAACAGCAAUGGCAGUCAUAAUAAAGCCACCAAACCACUCAUUCCAUCGCCUUCCAAAGGACAUCCUACCAUUGCCCUCAGCACCACCCAAAGCAGUUUACUCCAUUGCCACAGCAGCAACAGCAGUUCCUCAACGGUGGAAUUCAUGAAACAACAACUGCAACAAACAACGUCAUCACGACAAGAAAUGCCCAAGGAAAAGCUCGAUCCUCCUCCCAAUAAUGGUGCCGAUGCCGAUGGUGAAGCACCAAAGGGACCCCACGAUGAGGAAAUUGCCAAUCAAAGUGUCGAAGUCGAAAUGGACGAAGAAAACGAUGGCGUCAACAUUCACGAUGGGCUCGACUACGAUUUGGAAAAUCCAUCCGAUGAAGACAUGGCCGGGGUUUCGUCCUCCUCCUCCUCACAUCAUUCCAAUACAGCAGGAAUGAAAGCAACAACGACGACGACAUCAGCAAAGGUAGAAACGAACGCAACCAAGGUGGAAACAAACGCAACCAAGGCCGAAGUGCAAACAAACGCAAGCAGGGAUCCUCCCACAGAAACAACCAACGCAGACGAAGAGAAACCACAGCAGGAUACCACGACACCACUGGACGAUAGCAGCGACCAAAAGAUGCAUGUGAACGUUUCAUUGGACCCGCCGCAACCACCACAGGCAACGCCCACGCAAGAGGAUUUGAUUGAACAGGCUAGGUAUCAUGCACCCACUCCCACCAAUGCGCCCACACCAAAGGCUAAAUCUGUAAAGAAUAGGCCGCCCACACCAAAGGCAGCCACUAAUACGUCGGCGCAACCGCAACAACCACAAGCGGUCCCGAGCACUUCCCUGUCCGUGGAUACAACUGAACCACCUCCAGUGGAGCCACAUGUCGGCGACAAGGAAGCGCCUACUAAGGAACAAGGGCCUCCCUUGGAUCAGCAGGCAGAGCCACUAUCGACGCCCUCUGUCUCCACGACAACCAAGAACACCUUUGCUAUCCCAACGCCAAUCAGCACUAGUAGCAGCAAGGAAGUGGCAGAAGAAAAACUACAAGAGUUGGAACCCACUGCGACGAACACUCCUACUGCGGCUGCGACUGCCUCGCCAAAAUUCGCAGUGUUGGCUCCCAAGGCUGCUCCUCCAGGAGCUAGACAGAAUGUAGUGCAGGAACGCAAAAAGCUGCAGCAAGCCAAGCAGCAACAACACAAGACCCCACAGCAACCACAAGGUCAGCCACAACCCAAGCCUGAACCACCAUCACAGCAGCAGGUUCCUCAACAGCCAAAGCCGCAGGCCAAGACACCACAACCUCAAAUUCAAAUGCAAGCGCAGACUCAACGACGACAUCCAUCUCCACAUCAAAAGGUGCAUCAGAUUAAACAACAGCGACAAAUGUACCAACAGCAGCAAAGGCAGGCGGGACACCAACCAAAGGUGCCACAAUCCACACCACAACCACAGUCAGCGGGUGGCACACCCAAAGCAACAUCCACGGCCGCGGCUGCCGCAGCAACGAUUCAAAUGGAAAAGGAAUUGCGAGUGGAGAAUCAAAAGAAGGCGGCCAAUGAACGACGACGACAGGACUUGGAAUUGCAGCGCAAACUGGCACGCGUCGAACAAAAGUGCAAGGACCUCGAAUCCAAACGUAAAUUCUUGGAAAAGGAACAGCGCAAGCAAGAGUUAAUUGCCAAGGCAGCUCAGCGGCCAUCCAAUGACACGUCCAUCAUGUUGCAGCAAAUUCAGCAACAAAUGAAAACGGUCGAUGCCGACAUGGGACAAAAGAAGACGGAGAUUGCUCAAAUGCAAGCGGAGAUUGAAAGUCGCAAGAAUAUUCCAAUCCAGGCUACUGCGGCAGCUGCAGGCAACAACACUAGCAAUGCGCCUUCUACCACAACAACGGCUUCCACAGCGGCUCAACCAGUUUCUCAGGCGGAUGCGGCAGCCCAGAGACGUCUUGCGGAACAAGCUCGUCGAGAACGAUACUUGGAAGCACAAAAGAAGGCAGCCGUGGAGAAGAGACGACAAGAACUCGAGGAACAACGUCGCAAGGCGAGGGAAGAGCAAAAGAGAAGAGACGAGGAGAAGAAGCGGCGCUUUAUGGAACAAGAGCAACGGAAGCAAGACCUCAUGGCCAAGGCAAAGGCUGGAAAGAUCCAGCCCGAUCAAAACUCGGCGCUCAUGAAAAAGAUGAACAACCAAAUGUUUGCCUUGGAUGCUGAAGCUGAAAAGCGUGCCGAAGACGCCAAGGCGGAAGAGGAAGAAAACAAUAAUACGGGUCAGGAGCAAGAGCAGGAAGAAGAGGUGGAAGACCCCGAAACGGCGCGAAUGCGAAUUGCCGAGGAAGCUAGGCAGCGUCAACUGGAAGAAGAAGCCAAGCGAGUAAAUACGCAACCUGUGAAUGAAAAGCCAACCGUGAAAACAGCACAACAACCACAUGCUUCUGGGGAAGCAGGUUGGCCUGCAUGGAGUCAGCAGCCAACAGCGGCUGCACCACCAUUUCAAAGUGGAGCACAUCAGAAUCCCGCUCAAUAUCAAGGUCCACAAAAUGCACACUUCCAGAACCAGACGCCUCAUCAUCAUCCUAAUCAUCCAUCGUCUGUCCCAAUGCCGAGCUCGCCUCAUGUGUACAAUCAGUACCAGCAGCAGCCAGAAAUCCCUUAUCGGGCACAUGCGGCAUUCAAUGUCAACGUGAACCCACAGUCGCCCCAACCAAACUACGCAACGUCUCCCACUCCACACCAACCAUCUCCCGCUGGCAAUCAGAGAGCACGGCAACCACCUCAACAGUCACCUGGUGAAGCUCGUCCUUCGCCACAUCCUUACCCUUACCAGCAACCUCCAACCCCGAACGCCUCCGGACCGACUUCCCACCAGCAGAAUCAGGGCCAAUCAGGAAGCGGUCAAAAGUACGGCAAAAUGGUGGCGCAGAAUGACGACGACGAUCCCUCCAUGAUGACGGACUUGAAACGAAAUGUUAUCGUUGGCUGGGCGUUACGGCCUAGCGAUAGGAUGGGGCUGAAACCUGUUCAUGAGCUCUUGCGUAGCAUUCAGACCGUUUUUCCACCGGCUAAUAACGUGGCUGCUCAUGCCUAUUUUGAUGGUUGGAAACCAAUCACUGCUGACGAACUGCUGAGCCCCACUGGUGCUCCCGAGGAGAAGAAGCUAAACAAGGCCGUGCGGAAACUUCGAUUCUUCCUUCAUCCUGACAAGCUGCCACGAGACCUGACAGACGAACAGCAUUUUCUGUGCAAGCUGCUGUGGGACAUUACUAACGAUUCAUGGGAAGAAUACAAGAAGGCUGCAGAAGAGUUGGAUUGGAUGAAUUAGUUGGAUUAGUUGUUUGUUACUACUAGUGAUACAUGUUUAUAUCU